AAGAAAAAUAUCUGCCUCUGGCCGCUCCUCCGAGUGUGUGUGUGUGGCUCAAACACUGAUCUGGCACGGCAUGGGCCGUAGCAGGAGUUUCAUCAGACGUGUACGUCGUUUAUUGGAGCAGACGACGUGUCAAGGGGCAGAUGAUGGGCCCUUCUCUACUGGUGUAGCCGGGCCCGCCGGUCAGUCCCAACAUACAUUUACAUUUUACAGUAAGGCGGUUGGGUUCGACCCGAACCCUAUAAAUUUUCCGCCUACUCCCCCGGCCAUCUUCACCCCUCCGCUUCACCUGCUGUUGCAUGGAACCCAGCGACAAAAAGCCCUGUCCUCCUGCGACUCCAACUCACUCCACCUCGUCCUCUUCCUCUUCCUCCUCUGCUCUCAUGGGCACCAGGUACCGCUACCUUGCGAGCACAGUGGAUCUCCCCAUUUCCUCCCCUUCCCAUUUCCUCGCACACCCGAGCUCCCCUUCUCCUCUUCUGCCGAUCAAACCCAAAAUCGAGCCCCCCGGCGAUAUUCUGGAGUUCCCCUCUUUUUCUCCUCCCUCUGUUCCCCCGACCUCUUUGCGAGGGGAAGCAGGGGAGGGGGAAGCUACGGAUGUGCCGCGGCCGCUCGAGGCCCUCCAGGGAACUCCGAUCCCACCCUUCCUCUCCAAGACCUACGACAUCGUCGACGACUCGUCGCUAGAUCCUGUCGUCUCGUGGGGGCCCACCGGCAAAAGCUUUGUAGUGUGGGAUCCUGUUGAGUUCGCGCGAGCGGUCCUUCCUCGGCAUUUCAAGCACAACAACUUCUCCAGCUUCGUCCGCCAGCUAAAUACCUAUGGUUUCCGCAAAAUUGAGGCUGAUAGAUGGGAGUUUGCUAAUGAAGAUUUCCUAAAAGGAAGCAAGGGUCUGUUGAAAAACAUAAUCAGGCGCAGGUCAUCUCAAGUUCAGCAAGUAAGUACUCAAAUAGGUUCUUCUGAACUCGCAAGUCCUGCUGUGGAAGGUGAGCUUCACACACUUAGGAGGGAAAAGCACACGUUAAUGCAGGAGGUGGCAAAACUGAAGCAGGAGCACAUCACAACAAUCCAACAGGUGAGUGCACUCAACCAGCGGUUGCAAUCAGCUGAAGAGAAGCAGAAGCAGAUGGUUUCCUUCUUGGCAAAAUUACUCAAGAACCCAGAGUUCUUGGCCUGUCUUAAACAGCAGAAAGAGCAAAAGCGAAUUGCAUUGCCGAGGCCAAAAAGAAAGUUUCUGAAGCAUCAAGAGGUUGUCUGCAGUGAUUUCCUAGAAGCUGUUACACAGCAGAGUGGAGAGGAUAUACUAGAGAUUACUGCUCCUGCUUCAUCUUAUGGUCUGCAGGAACUCACUGGAGUUCUGGCUGAAACUGGGGAAGAAUUUGGUACUUUAUUUCUGGAAUCUGAUGCUGCUGCAUUCAAGAAUGAGAAUCUAGAAAGCGCUCAAACAGAUAUUGGUGCUCAGUACUCUGUAUCUUUUCCUGUAGAUAUUGAUCCAGAUAAAGCUCUACAGGGCACAGUGUUCCCUCCAAGUUCAAGGGCAGGGUCAGACCCAACAAUUGCUGACCCCAAGGGGAAAAAUGUCAUUGAUUUGAAACUAGAUGUGGCCUCUUCUGUUUCUGAGUACCUUAUAUCAUUUCCUGAAGAUAGUUCAUUUGAGAAUACAUGGAGUGUAGGACUUGGGGCUGGAGAAAGUUUUCUUAGUUCUGAUUAUACUAUAUGGGACAGUAUAGGUCAUGAUUUCCAGCAGUUGGAGGUUGGUGCUGAACCGGGUACCCCAUGGGAUCUUGAUCUGCAAGCCCUGGAGGAACAAUUGGUGUCCGAGAACAGUGUUCAUGAUGACUCACCUUCCCAUGAAAAAGGAAACCAAAGGGCAGUCAACAGAAAUACAGAGAACAUGGAACCUUAGUAGGAGUUUACGAGUAUUCAAUCAUUAAGAUUGUUGUUUUUUCUAUAUAUAUAUAUAUAUUUUGUUUCUUGGAAGUAGUAAAGAGAUGAUCACGAUUUACUGAAGAGAGGUUAGAAACGAUAGCUAUUAUGGAGUCACUAUAGAUAGCUUGUAAGCCUUUGAACAAUUACUGAAUUUUUACAGUAAAAUAUGUGAUUGUUCUGACUGAUGUUGCUAA